AUGGUUCGAGAAACUCGCGCCUCAGCGCGUCACAACGAUUCGAGCGACACCGGAAGCACAGUGGCAGACAACGCCAGGGCCCAAGAGACUCGCCGCUCUCACAAGAAGUCUCGGAAUGGAUGCGCAGAGUGCAAGCGCCGUCACAUUCGCUGCGACGAGCGUCAGCCCUCAUGCGCGAAUUGCGAGGUGGCAGAACGUGCCUGUUUCUUCCCACCGCCAAAAGUGAGCAAGCAGAAGCGCAGACAAGCACAAAAACCUCAAUCACAAGGCGAAAGGUCACAGGGCACAUUGGAGCGAAACGCCCGAUCACCAUCACCAGGCUCCAGAGGAAGUAGUCAUUGCAAUACAAACAAUGGUGCGAAUGCGCUGAUUGAGCGCGCACAGCUGCCCUCACAACCAGCUCAUCGUCAACAAAGCAACUCAUCCGAACUCACUCAUGCGCCAAGCUAUCCGUCUCAUGGCAUGCCAUCAAGGCCUGCAGAUGUGCCAGCCGCGGUUGGUCUCGGCCUUAGUUCUCAUCAGAGUGACCAGACUCAAUCCCCAGCUUCGACGACGCAGCUGAGCGGCACCCAUGCUCCUCCUCCAUCUCUAGACUGCCAGCUCGGCUUGUCAAUAUUAGGCACGCCAAACGCACCCUCAGAGGCCAUCUACACACCACAGCACAUGAUAUUGCUACACCAUGCAGCCUCAGUCCCAUACUUCACCGGCCCAGCCCGAAGCGCCCUCGACAUCGCCGUCCGACGCGCCGUGGACUCACCCUACCUCCUCGACGAGAUCCUCGCCUUCACAGCCUUCCACAUGGUCCAGCUCUAUCCCGGGUCAUCCGCCCAUCUCCACGACCUCGCCACAGAGCUCCAGAACCGCGCUCUCUCAUCCUUCACCCGCCUCACGGAAACAGUAGCCAGAGACGACAAGGUCACCGCCGUCCCUCGCUUCCUCUUCUCCGCCAUCCUGGGCAGGCAUGUCCUCGCCGACACCCUCGCUCACUACCGCUCCGACUUCAAGUCCUUCAUCGACCGCCUCGUCGAGUGCUUCAACCUCAACCGCGGCGUCAAGUCCGUCACCCUGCCGGCCCGGAACUUCCUCCGAGACACCGAGCUCGCACCCGUCCUCAACGUCAUCCUCGAGGCCGAGAAGAGGAUGAGCACGAGGGGCGACGAAUGCGGGUCUCUGAAACGCCUCCUAAAUGACUCCGACCUCAGUGAUUCGAGCGCGAGAGCGUGCCACGAAGUCAUCGGGCUUCUGCAGUGGUGCUUCGACAUUUGCCGCGUCCUCGACGAAGGAGACUACGCCCAGGCCGCGUCGUCGUUCUCUGUAAAGGUGCCGGUCGGCUUCGUCGAUAUGCUGCGGAAGCACCGUCCCGAGGCACUCAUCAUUCUGGCACAUUACGGCGUCUUGCUGCACCGUUGUCGUACCUUUUGGCCCUUUGCUGACGCUGGCGCCUUCAUUAUCCGCGCCGUUGCUAGGCAUUUGGGUAAUUACUGGCAAGAGGCGCUUUCGUGGCCCCUGCUAGUGCUUGAAACUGAGCCGUGA